CUAGGGCGUACAUGGAUGCAUUCAUUGUGUUGUGCAUAUAUAAAGGACGUCUCAAAUACCCAACAGCGGAGUGAAAAAGGAAAAUUCAAGGUCUGCAAACGCUCCGAACAAGGAAAAGACAUGAUGCUGUCGGCUAAAACUGCCGUGCUGGUGAUAUGUUGUCUUACCCUUGGCAACGUGAUGACGAAAAUGACAUCGGAUAUCUACCGGGAGUUGGAGGAAGUCUUGGAAGAUUUGAAUGAGGAGACGAGAGGGGAAAAUGCGGAGGAAUCGGAGUUGUCUUCUGACACAUUGGAUGAGGAUAGUGUUGACGUCGCGACGAGAAGCGGUUAUAAGAUUACUCUCGCUGUAAAGCUCGCCUUAAUCAAAGCAAAGAAAUUGCUCGAGGAGGAGUUCGUGAUACGAAAUCGCCAUUUUACAUCCGGUAUCGACUUUCCCCCAGGCGGAUCAUCUGCUGCAUCGAUGGCUGGUCUGAACGACAUGGUGUACGGCACAGAGGGAGAACGUGAGGAGAACAGAACUCUGAUAGCUCUGUUUGCUACGGAAAUACUUUUAGGACCCGGUAAAUUCCGGUCCCUCAGCAGGCUUCGGAGGAGUCGAAGUGUGAAAAAGGUGUUCAGGGCUGUAGAGGGAGACAACUGCGAUAGCUGGAAUCGUCCAGUGUGUAACAUCGAUUGCAAAAUAGAUGCUGACUCGCCUUUCAGGAGAAUCAAUGGCACCUGUAACAAUUUAAAGCAUCCGAAAUGGGGUUCAACCGGGACGCCCCAGGUUCGUCUUUUAAAUGCAGAAUACGAAGAUGGGAUCGGUGGCGUACGGACGACUGGCAAGAAUCACUUUAACCUACCAAGUCCCAGGACGGUAUCCAGAACAGUGUUACGAAACGAGAGUGACCUCCAGACACCCGAUGACCCAACCAGAAGUGUAAUGGUGACGGUGUGGGGUCAGUUUCUGGACCACGACCUCACGGAAACCCCUAUGACUAAAGGUAGAAAUGGCACCAACGUGGGCUGUUGUUCGCUGUCUAGUACGGAGAGAGCAAUGAGGACCCAGUGUGCUACUAUUGAAAUUGAACCCGGCGACCCCGUCUACACUAGAGAUUGUAUGGACCUAGUGCGUUCCUUACCGAUCAGGGAAAACCCAUGUCUUCCAGGGGUAAGAGAACAAGUGAACGCCAUCACAUCCUUCGUUGAUGGAUCCCAGGUGUAUGGUUCUGAGGAGGCUCUUGCCCAGGAACUUCGCGCGGGGACAGAUGGUCUGAUGAAAGUCGAGGGUGAUAACCUGUUACCGGCAAAUGACAAGUCUACCUGCCUAUUAAGGAAUGUUAAUGACCAUUGUCAGUUAGCUGGUGACGUGCGUGUGAACGAGAACCCUCACCUUGGAGCCAUACACAUUGCCUUCGUACGAUACCACAAUAUUCUGGCCAAACGUUUCAAGGCUCUUGGCCUUGCUGACGACGAAGAGAUAUACCAGAGGACCAGGAAGAUCAUCGGGGCAAUUAUGCAGCAUGUGACAUACGCAGUGUGGCUACCUGAUGUGAUCGGGGACAAUGCUAUGAGAAGAUUCCAACUCACCUUAGACGACACAGAUCCAUACGAAAAAGACGUGGACCCGUCCGGUAUCAACGAAUUCAGUACGGCAGCCAUGCGAUACGGCCACACACUAGUUUCCCAAAACUUGCUCCAACUGAACGAGGGCUUUAUGAUCACAAAUGACUCGGAUCGACUCGAUAAUCACUUCUUCAGACCAGACAUAAUCUCCGACAGUACGCAAUUGCAAAAUCUGGCCCGCUGGAUGGUCUCCUUGUCGUGCAAGAAGAGAGACGCAUUUUUUGUCCAAUCGAUACACGAAAAUUUGUUCGUUCAAAAAGUUGGAGAUGGGCUUGACCUUAGUUCACUUAACAUACAGAGAGGCCGCGAACAUGGGCUGCCAGGCUACACGAAAUACAGAAGACUGUGUGGCUUACGUGUACCAACAUCCUUUUCGAAACUGAGAGACCAUACCCCAUGGUUCCGAACAAAACUGAAGGAAGUUUACAAGGAUGUGGAAGACAUUGACCUGUUUGUCGGUGCGAUGACAGAGAAUUCCGUCGAUGAUGCCCACAUAAGUAGCACCUUCGCUUGUCUGCUGGGAUUGCAGUUCCGGGCCCUUAAAAGAGGCGACCGCUUCUGGUUUGAGCGCCCUCUGCCUCAAGGAAUGUCGCAAGCUCAGAGAGAUAACAUCAAAUCAUUGCCAUUGGCUAAGAUUAUGUGUGAAGUAUUUGGCAUACAAAGAAUCCAGGAAAACAUCUUCGAAAUACCAAGGUUAAACGAAUUCAAGGCAUGUUCUGAUCUGCCCGACAUCAACGUCGACCUCUGGAUGUAAUGCUUUAAGGAAUAGGUUUUCUUUUUCAGCAAAACGGACAUAACUAUCAACUGACAUACUUGUAUUAUUUCUUUUCUUCCUUCCAAACAGCAUGUUAAUGUAAACUUCUGUAAACAUUUAACAGUUUUUUGUCAAUAAAUAACACUUUUGCAUAA